AUGGUAUCCGCUGCCAGCACCCCUACAGAGUCAUAUCCCCUCUGCAUCUACGACCCGCACAUGGAGUCCGACCUGUCCGCGCUCCUCGCCGAACUUGUUCUCAUCGGUGAGGCUCUUGCCGUCCUGGCUGGCAGGCACGACGGUCGCGAGCUGCUUCCGUACGUCGAGCGCCUGUUUUGCUGCACACAGAGGAUACAGUGGGUCAUCGGUGCGGAGCAUGAGAUGAAGGAGCGCAAUGCCAAGCGCAAGAGGCCGGAUGAUGCGUAG